AUGAUGGAUGACGACACAGAACUAAGAACGGAUGGCAACUCACUUUUAAAGGCGGUGUGGCUGGGGAGGCUCAGGCUGACCCGACUCCUCCUGGAAGGAGGCGCCUAUAUCAACGAAAGCAAUGACAAGGGUGAGACGGCUCUCAUGGUGGCAUGCAUCACCAAGCAUGUGGACCAGCAAAGCAUCAGCAAGUCCAAGAUGGUGAAGUACCUGCUGGACAACAGGGCUGACCCCAAUAUUCAGGAUAAGUCCGGCAAGACCGCCCUCAUCCAUGCUUGCAUCAGAAGAGCUGGGGGAGAAGUGGUCUCCCUACUUCUGGAGAAUGGAGCGGAUCCCAGCCUCGAGGAUCGCACGGGGGCUUCAGCUCUGGUUUACGCAAUAAAUGCAGAUGACAAGGAUGCGUUGAAACAUCUCUUGGAUGCCUGCAGAGCCAAAGGCAAGGAGGUGAUUAUCAUAACCACAGAUAAAUCCUCUUCAGGCACCAAAACCACCAAACAGUAUCUUAACGUCCCUCCUUCACCCAAAGAGACAGACAGACAGUCGCCUCCACUGUGUGCAUCCCCCUCGGACAUUGAGCUGAAGGCCCCAGGCCUGGGUUGUCCACCCAGUGAGAAGGAAGAUGACUUCUUCAGCCUCCAGGCAGGGCAUCCAAGUGGCUGCAACACCUCGAAGGCUCUGAAUGACCCUGGGUCACCCACUAGGAAAGUUGGGAACCUCAAAAGGGCCCGUCUGCCCCAACUGAAGAGGCUCCAGUCCGAACCCUGGGGCCUGAUCGCACCCUCCGUGUUGGCCGCCUCCGUACGUCAGGACGAGAACCAUGGUGUUGGCACAGACAACGAGGUCAUCAAGAGCAUUAGUGAUGUGUCCUUCCCCAAAAGGGGACCUCUCUCCAGAACCAACAGUAUCGAUAGCAAAGACCCCAGCCUCUUCCACACGGUCACGGAGCAGGUUCUGAAGAUUCCAGCCUCUUCAGCACCAGCAUCGUGGAAAGCAGCCUAUGAGAAAAGUCAGGCUUCCCACCCACGUCUGGCCAGAAGGGGAACGCUCCCUAUUGACCAAGAGAAGGGAGGUAUCAGCCCCUCAGGUCCCUCUGCUCUCAAAGAUGCAGUGUCCCUUAAGCGGCUGGAAAAUGACCUCUAUGAUUUAGAUUUACAGGCAGGGACGGAACUGCCCAACUCUAUUUCCCUUGAACCAGGCAAAGGACCCUUAGAUCGAAUGAAGCUCAACAGUUCCCACCUGACCCUUUUCCAGGGCUCAAGGGAGUCCCUGGAUACUGUGCCCAGCACAUCCCCCAGCUCAGCGCGCCACAGACCACCCCAUCUCCUAGAAAGACGGGGUUCUGGAACUCUGUUACUAGACCGAAUUUCUCAGACCAGGCCUGGCUUCCUUCCACCUUUAAAUGUCAAUCUGAACCCACCUAUCCCCGAUAUUAGAUCGAGCAGCAAGCCUUCCUCUCCACUUGCUAGUGGCUUAAAAUCCAUGGUUCCUGUAGCCCCAAGUUCACCAAAGAGAGUUGACUUGAGAAGUAAAAAGAAGCUCCUAAGAAGGCACUCCAUGCAAGUUGAGCAGAUGAAGCAGCUGUCUGACUUUGAAGAGAUCAUGACCUAG